GACCCACCGCCGCUUCCCGCGCGAUCUGCCUGCAACAGCCUGAGCUCUCGCCGCUCACUCUCCUUUCCUACAUCCACGUACCACCAAUAAUGUUUUAAUCCAACUCCCGCUCGUUCUAGAAUGGGAAUACCCAUGGACCGCAAUAUACAUGCUCCUACAGUAGCCUCCGGCCCUACGUCCGGAGGGGCCCCUCCCCGCGAUCUGUCCAAGCUCGGCAUGGUCGACCUGAUGCAAGAAAAGGAACGGAUCGAAGAGGAACUUUCAGCCCUGAGCAGCGUUCUCGGCUCGCAUGGCGUUAAUAUGAACACAUCUCUGACAACCUUCGAUGGUUUCCCACGAGACGAUAUCGACGUUGCCCAAGUACGCACUACCCGAGCCCGGAUUAUUCGCCUGCGAAACGACCACAAGGAGGUUAUGUCACAUCUAGAGAAGGGUAUCUACAACCACUUUGCGAAUCUGCAGCGCGCACAGGUGGCUGCACCAGCUAGUGGCAAUGUGGAUGGUACACCAGGGUCAGGGAAUGGCGUAUCAGAUACUGGGGCAGCCGGGUUGCCAUUCGCGAAGGUCAAUAGCGUGGUGCCUGGAAGCCCUGCCGACCAGGCUGGUCUGAGGGUCGGCGACACCAUUCGGGGGUUUGGGAGUGCGAAUUGGCUUAAUCAUGAACGUCUCUCCAAGGUUGCAGAGAUAGUCCAGCAAAGCGAAGGGCGUUCUGUUGCGGUCAAAGUUGCCAGGAAAGAACCUAACUCAACCAGCAGCGUCGAUUUAUCCCUCGAACUCGUCCCCCGCCGUGAUUGGGGCGGCCGUGGUCUGCUGGGCUGUCAUCUAGUGCCGCUAUAAUAGACUCGAUGAUGUGAUCUUCUGUACUUGGAGCAAUCCUUGCUACUAUCUAACUCUUAUGAGGAAUGCGACAUGGUUUCAUGACUAAUUCUGUUUGUUGUUGAAAGGAAAAUACUUAGGGAAGCAUCCAGGACGGCGUUGCGGUUAGGCUCCAUGUACGAAAUUGCGCCAUCAUGACCAUGAGUUAUCCACCAUUUCAUACGCAGAGUAGAUAGCUAGAGUGCUUUUCAUCCGGACAAAUGCCCGCGGAUCGACUGCAUUUGCCGCGGUCCUGCGGGGCACUGACGGCCUGAGGCCUGAUGCCCACGUGACCGCAGGCUUUGGUGACCGACUCGGGGCAAAAAUUCCAUCAGCGUUGGAAUAACCU